AUGGCUGCAUGGACCUACACCAUGCCAGAAGUUAAUGACAAGGUUGAUGUAGUCUUCCAACACUUCUACGACAUUGUUGCAUGCCCCUAUUGGGAGCCUGCGCGCAAAUUGUGGGAUGAUAAGUAUAGGAGCAUUGAUUUUCCAUUUGAGCCGGUGGAUGGAGCUCUUCACACAGGGCCAUUUCAAUUUGUAACAGAGAGAUUGACGGAUUUAGAUCAUUUUUUUGCAUUCAUAAGUUCAUGGUCAGCUUUUCUAACAGUCAAGGAGAAUGGUGUGGAGCUUUUGAGCAAUGAUAUGAUCGAGGAUUUUAAGAAUGUUUGGACCGAUCGAAGAUGGACAGGACCAAAAGGCAGUGACAUUUCCUAUUUAUCUGAGAAUCGGAAGUGUAGGGAAAAAGUAAGUCGAAUGACUAGCAUCGAUCAAUAG